AUGUGCCCUGAUUGUAGAAAAAACACGCAAUUAAGAAAUAUCCGACUAGAUCAUAAGUCUAAAACGAAAACAGCAUUUUCUGAUUUUGUGGAGACAGAAGCAGCCCAAGAAGAAGGUGAAUCGUCGGAAUAUAUUAGUUUAAGGUCCGAGCCAACAGCAUUAAUGUCUACGACUCAGUUAGCUACAUUCCAUGGAAAAAGAAUAGAGUCUCAUGUAGUUCUAACAAAAGAUGGUUAUCUUUUGACACUUCACCGCUUAAGAAGCCCGUUUUUACUGGAAGAUGGUAACGAUAGGAUUGGUAAUUUUACAGUAUUAAUGCACCAUGGAUUACUCGGUAGUUCGGCUGAUUGGAUACUACUUGGGCCAGAAAAAUCACUGCCAUAUUUAUUAUCGGACGGAGGAUGUGAUGUGUGGCUAGCUAACGCAAGAGGAAACUAUUACUCUCGAGGACACGUUUCGAAAAAUGUCGAUUCUUUAGAUUUUUGGAAUUUUUCAUUUCAAGAAAUAGGGCAAUAUGAUUUACCUGCUGCUGUUGAAUAUAUAAGAAAAGUAAAAAAUAAUAACGAACAAAUAAACUAUAUAGGACAUUCUAUGGGAUCAACCGCGUUCUUAGUUAUGUUGUCUUUAUUUCCUGACUACAACAAGUUUUUUAGAAUAGGAAUAUUAUUAGCUCCCUUAGUAUAUAUGUCUAAUAGUGAAGGCCCCUUAAAGAUAUUUACACAGAUGGCGAUAAAUCCUCCCGAUCAGUUGCUGAAGUUAUUGGGUGCAGGGGAAUUUGUUCCUAAUAGAAAAAUUCCAGUUUGGAUUGCAAAUAAGUAUUGCAAGGGUCCUGAGUUGUAUUGUCUCAAUCCAUUACUAUUUCUUUGUGGAGUUAUACCAAAUGAAAAUUUAUGGGAUAGAAGUUUAAUUGCUAGAAUCCUUUAUCAUAUACCAGCUGGAGGAUCAACAAAAACAAUAUUACACUUCGCACAAAUAAUUAAAAGUGGAAAAUUUCAUAAAUUUAACAAUGAGCGUGAAGAAUAUCCGCUGAGUCAAGUAACAGUUCCUAUUGCAGUAAUUAGUUCAAGCGAUGAUUUAUUUGCGACCAUACCAGAUGUUUUAAGACUGUAUUUUAGUAUCGUUAAUCCAAUCGACAAUCAUAUAAUUCGUGGUAAAAAUCUAUCUCACGUUGAUUUUCUUUGGAGUCCUAAUGCUGAUAGCUUAAUAUACAAAAAAGUUAUCCAUUUUUUAAUAGAUGGUUUAAAUACAAAUUCAUCCAAAAUUAACGAAUUUAUUUAACUGAUAGAAUAUAACCUGUAUUUGAUUAAUAUUAUAACUAAUUUUCUUAUAGUAAAUUUAUAUUUAAUAAAUAUACUUUUCAAAAUA